CUUCUGUAUUAAUAAAAGGUUUUUAACUUGAAUAACUUUGAUUUAAACUUGUAGUACUAUUUUGAAAUACCUGUACAUAAAAAAACGUAAGAUGCUACUCACUAUUUUUUUUUUCAUUCGUAAGAUCUUUAAACAGUUGCAAUAAUUAUACUUAGUACGAUUUAACCAAAGUAUACAACGUAUUAUACGUUAUUUACCAUCGUUUUACAAGUGGUCACAGGUUGCAUAGUUGCAGGUUAAUGAGGAACUGAACAUAACUUUUUGAAAAAAACUCCAAAAACCCUUGCAAAUGCUUCGACUUCACCGAUGUCUAGCGAGAGACACCACCAGACGAUUGGGGUUAACCACUUCAUUCAUAUCUAAAUCUUCCAUAAUACUAUAUCAUAAUAAUGUCAUACCGAAUAAGGCACUUGUACGACACUUUCACGAAAGAAUAACGUUAAACGAACCCAGAACUUCCCUCCAUGGAUAUAUGAAUCAAAAUAAACGAUCCAAAUUAAAUCCCAAAAUUAUCUUGCAUGACUAUUCAUCAGUCGAACAACUUGUCAAUUCAGAUUCUCUUCGAGAAAAAUACUUAAUAGCCCUUAGAGAUUCAUCGUUUUAUACUGAUAAAGAAAUUGAUAUCAUUGAAGGGAUCUUUAAUCAUGCUAUUGAUUUGGCAUUUGGUUUUAAAGAUCCUACUACUAUAAAUCUCGUUCUUGAAAUAUGGAGAAUUGCAUUUGAUAAAAGAAAUGAUCAUCCUUCUUUAAUUCAACUUCAAAUUAGAUUACUCAAACAGAAGAAUGAUCUCGUUUAUAUGCUCAUCAAUUCAAAGAAUUAUGCCUUUUAUGAUUUAUUUAUUCGUCCAUUAUAUAAUAAUUCAAAAUUCAUUGGCCUUGAAAAAUCUUGGGAAGAUACUUUAAUAUCAACUUUUGAACUUGGGAAUGAUGGUAAAAUAGUGAGGUUAAACCGAAAUAAAGUUAAAAAUUACUUAAGUGAUAACUCAGUGGAUAUACAGACUAGGAGAAGACUUCUCGCCAAUUUAAUCAAAACAUUAAUUAUCAAUACUGAAAGUUAUGACGGUAAAUAUACUUACAUACUGCACUUCUUCGAAUUCCUUCAAGUAUUAGGUGAUGACCAUUUCAGAUUCAUUGGUAAAGAGUAUAACAGUUAUCAUAAAGUAUUAUCAUUAAUAGCUAUUCCUUUUGAAGGAUUUGGAUUCUUAAAACAUGUCAGUAAUAUUACCACUAUCUUUGAGAAUCAACAUAUACCACCGAAACAUCAAGCUGAUCUCAUCACUUCAUUCAUGAGAUCAAUAGCAUUUAGUCCUAAUAAUGUCCUUAAUUACUGGAAAUUUAAGUUAGAUACUUAUUACAGUGAAGAUGAAAUGAACGGUUUAAACUAUAAAGAUUUGAAAUAUGCCAUGAUGGCUCUUCUUGAACUUAACGAGUAUCAGAAAGUGGUUGAUUUAUAUGAAGAAUUCAGUGAAUUUCAUGAUGAUGAUCAUAUCGAGAUAUUAUUAUCCCUUAGUGAUCGUAUGAAAGAUUGGAAAUCAAUGCAAAGAAGAUUUGAAGAUAUGUAUGGUAAGGGUAACUUACCAUUUGUGGUUCAUUAUGCCAUUGUUAUGAAUGCAUUAGCGCUGACAGGGGCAAGUUCUGAAGUCGAACAAUUAUUUCAACAAUUGAAAGAUAGACAAUUGAUCCCUGAUAGAAAUGUGUUUGCCGCUUUGAUUAAGAGUAAGGUUACUGAUAAUGACUUUGAUGGUGCUUUAGCAUAUUUUAAUUCAUUUUGUGAGCUUGUUAAAACUGGAAAACUUGAAGUAGAAGGGAAAUCUGCAUUAUUCAUGUUAGUGUUUGAAUCAUAUGUGAAUUCAAAUGAUUUAGAUGGAGCAUUGGUAUUCUUGGAUAAAGCAUUAAAAGAUCCAGAAAUACAAGCGUUGAAUGUCAUCGAUGCUGCUAUAAUAGCGAAAUUGAUUGAUUUAGCAGCAGGACAAUUUCGAUUAAAUGAAGUUGUCAAACUCAAAAAAUUAUCUGAAACAUUAGAUCUUUCUCAUGAUGAUCUUUCGUUAUCAGUCGCUCGUGCUUAUGCUAAAUUUGGUCAAUUUGAUCUUGCUGAUAAAGCAGUGUAUGAAGCUCACAAGAAUUCCCGUAUUCCAUUCACAAAUGCUAAAGUAUAUGAUUUUCAACUUAAACUUUAUCGUAUCUGGUAUAAUCAACUUACGCAUUCUAAUAAGAGGACGAAUUGUAAAUUAAGAACCAAAUUCAUUAUCAAGUUUGCUUCAAAUUCAAAAUCCAAAAUCAUAAGUCCAAGAAAGAAUGAAACCUUAUAUAAGGAAAUCAUUAAUUUCUAUAUCCAAGAAAAAGACAUGGCAGGAGCUUAUGAUACUUUGGAAAAAGUUAAAAAGAAGUCAUUAUUGGCUGAAGAUCAUUACUUACCAUUCUUGAAGUAUUAUUCUAGUUUUGAAAAUUUUAAAGCUCAUUCAUCAGUGUUGAAAUUGUAUAAAGAAAUGGUAUCUUAUCGUAUUGAUUUAUCAGCCAAGACAUAUGUUUUCCUUAUGAGAACCAUGCUUUUCUUAGAUAAACAGAAUCAAAAAGGAUAUGGUCAUUCUUUAAGACUUUUAACUUCUGUAUUUGAAAUGAAUGGAUUAUCAUUGAAAGUGGUUCAUCCCAUAGCGAAAGUUGAAUAUCCUAAAUUAAGAAGUAAUUCAACUCAAUUAUGUAUAGUGGUAUCAGAUUACGUCCAUGCAACUCAAAAUCGUGGAAAUGCGGAUAUGUUAUUCCAAUUCUUUCAACAGAUGAAAGAAGUUUUAGGAACUGGUAUGACGAUUGAUUUCAAAAUGACAGUAUGUAAUGAGAUGAGUAAGAUUUAUUUUCAAACUGGAGAGAUUGACAUGGCGAUUAAAUUAAUUGAUUCUGGUAUUGCUGAUUUAGAACAAGUGAUUUCGAAAUUGAAAGCUAAUUAUCCCUCUGAUAUGAAGUUUUCCAUCCCAAGACAAUUAGAGAAUCAAUAUCGUCAUCUUGUGAUAAUGAAAAUGAAAAAUUUACAAGACAAAGAUUUAGUUGGAAUCUUAAAAAGAUCAUCUGAAUUAGGUAUUAAACUUGGUGGUAAUCAAUAUAAUGAUAUAAUAACGACUUUACUAGAGCGCUCCGUAUCAGUAGAAGAUAUGGAUUUGGCGCUUAAAGUUUCUGAAGAUCAUUUAGUAUCUGGUAAUAAGGUUAAUGUUUUCAUAGCCCUUACUUUACGUCGUUGGUAUAGAACUAUCAUAUAUAUUUUAUCAGCUAAUACACCAGCUGAAGAAUUGAUGUCAAAAUAUGAAAUUUUAAAUCAAUUUUAUGGAGUUUCAAGUAUUUCUGAAUUAAAGAAAGAAUUUGGAAACGAUAUUGAAAGAGUCAGUAAUGAGUUAGAUAUGGAUAUGAAAAAGAAGAGUAAAUUAGUUCUUCAUUCAAAAUGGAGAUUAAGAAAAGUAUUACAAAAUAUCCCAGUGGUGUUUUCACCAGGUCGACAAAUCGAUAGUGAGAAUAAAAUCUCUCAUACGAAUGCCAGUUUAUUUAUAAGACGAUUAAAGAGAUGGCCUAUUUCUGAAUCAUCAACUGCGUUAAAGGCUAAAUAUCCGAAAUCAUUUGAUUUCUUACACAACAAUCAUACGUCAUUAGUUGCAUAUAAUCGUUUCCGAGAAAGAAUAGAUCAAAUUAUCCCACCACAAAGAGAUGAAGCAACUCAUGAAAGGUUACAUAGGUGGACCCAAGCUCUUCGAGAGUUAAAAUUAUAAAGACUCAAAAUAUGAGUUUUUAACUAUUGCAUUAAACAAUUACUUGUACAAAAACAUAAACUUUUUAUUACUUUAAUCCCUGUAUGUAUAUGUAAAUAGGAUAAAUAUAAGAUUAUAGAUAUUA